UUCACCAUCUCAACAUGGAUGUAGAAGGAAGAGCAACCAGUGGCAACUCACACACUCUGAACCUCGAACAGGGCCAAGAAAAGGAUACCCAAAAUGAUGAUUAUGGCCUCGCUUCUGCUCAUACUAUUGACAACGAUUCGUGGCAACAAGUGGGGUUGAUGUUGGUGACAAGCUUCAACUGCGGGUGGAUACUAACUUUUUCUAAUCUGAUCAUGGUGCCACUGGGUUGGACUUGGGGUCUCAUAGGCCUUGUUGUUGUGGGACUCUACACCGCCUAUGCCAACUGGCUCUUGGCAGCAUUUCAGUUCAUUGAUGGCAGGAGAUUCAUCAGAUACAGAGAUCUUAUGGGAUAUGUUUAUGGCAAGAAUAUGUAUCACUUGACAUGGGCUUUCCAGUUUUUCACCCUUCUUCUUGGAAAUAUGGGUUUCAUUCUCCUAGGAGGCAAGGCACUUAAAGAAAUCAACUCAGAAUUCAAUCAUUCACCCUUGAGGCUCCAAUACUACAUAGUCAUAACAGGAGCUGUUUACUUCAUUUUUUCCUUCUUCAUUCCAACAAUGUCUGCAAUGAAAAAUUGGCUGGGAGCUUCUGCGGUUAUCACUAUCGCAUACAUAACAUUGCUUCUGAUUGUCUUAGUUAAAGAUGGGAAAUCAAAUUCGAAUAGGGAUUUUGACAUAAGCGGAAGCAAAGUGAGCAAGGUGUUCAAUGCUUUUGGUGCCAUUUCUGCUAUAAUUGUUAGCAACACCAGUGGCUUGCUCCCCGAGAUACAGUCCACUCUACGUAAGCCAGCAGUGGGGAACAUGAGAAAGGCCCUGUAUUCACAAUAUACAGUGGGUGUCCUUUUCUACUAUGGUGUUACCAUAAUGGGUUAUUGGGCUUAUGGGUCAAUGGCAUCUGCAUACCUUCCUGAAAACUUAAGUGGUCCCAAAUGGAUCAACGUCCUCAUUAAUGCCAUUGUCUUUCUGCAAUCAAUAGUCUCCCAACAUAUGUUUGUAGCACCAAUUCAUGAGGCUUUGGACACUAGAUUUCUAGAAAUUGGGAAGGGAAUGCAUUCAGGAGAGAACUUGAAACGCUUAUUUCUCCUACGUGCGCUCUUCUUUGCAGGGAACACAUUUGUCUCUGCUGCAUUUCCUUUUAUGGGUGAUUUUGUAAACUUGCUGGGCUCAUUUUCACUCAUUCCCCUGACCUUCACGUUCCCAAGCAUGGUCUUCAUCAAGGUUAAGGGAAGGACAGCUAGAACAGAGAAGAAGGCGUGGCAUUGGUUCAACAUCGUUUUUUCUUCUCUGCUUACAAUAAUAACCACAAUUUCUGCGGUUCGGUUGAUCGUCAACAACAUCCAAAAGUAUCACUUCUUUGCAGAUGCAUGAUUGCUGAUCUCAUCAACUGCAUGCCUUAGUUUCAAUAAAGAAUUGGGCUUGCAGAUACAUUAGUUGAGAAU